AUGAUUGGCUCGUUGUUUAUUAUGGCAGUGCCAGUCCUGGCACUGCCAGCCGCCAAUAUCUUUGAACGCCAGGAUGCGUGCAAGGCAUCGGACAACUACGCGGCUGUCGAUGUGAAGGGUCUACCUGAUCCUUGGAAAUUCGCAGACGGGAAGGCCGUCACCACUGCCGAAGACUGGACGUGUCGCCAGGCCGAGAUGAGCAAGAUCAUGCAGCAGUAUGAGCUUGGUGAUUACCCGCCAGCACCGGAGUCUGUUAGCGCGACCAUGUCGGGAAAUAGUAUGAGCCUGACCAUCAAGGUUGGGAGCAACACCAAGACACUCUCUGUUGCCAUUACCAAGCCCAGCGGCGGAGGCGCGUCGGGAGGCCCUGCUAUAAUCGGUGUUGGUGGCAUCUCGAUCCCGGUACCCGCUGGCGUUGGCAGGAUCAAUUUUGGCAACGAUGCAUGCGCUGCCCAGAUGAAUCCCAGAAGCCAUGGAACUGGAUGGUUCUUCGAUCUCCACGGCAAAUCUCAUAGUGCCGGGGCCACCACUGCUUGGGCUUGGUGUGUUGGCCGUAUUAUCGAUGGCCUCGAGCAACUUGGACCCGAAAAGACCGGCAUCGACACCAAACGCCUCGGUGUCACGGGCUGCAGUCGCAACGGCAAGGGUGCAUUCAUGGUUGGCGCUCUUGAGAAACGCAUCGCUUUGACCAUUCCUCAAGAGUCCGGCUCGGGAGGUGCUGCGUGCUGGCGAAUCUCCGAUUCGGAAAAGAGUAAAGGAAAGAACAUCCAGACUGCUGGCCAGAUUGUUGGAGAGAAUGCUUGGUUCUCUCCCAAGUUCAACAGCUACACGAGCAAGACAACUUCCAUUCCCGAAGAUCACCACUUCCUGGCUGCCCUCGUCGCCCCCCGCGGUCUAUUCGUCAUUGAGAAUGACAUUGAUUGGCUUGGACCAGUCAGCACUACCGCUUGCAUGAAGGCAGGCCGCAUGAUUUAUGAAGGCCUCGGAGUCAGGCCCAACAUGGGUUUCUCUCUUGUCGGCGGCCACCAGCAUUGCCAGUUUCCUUCAGCAACCACGGAGAACCUCAACUCCUACAUCAACAAGUUCCUUCUCGGCCAGGGACAGACCAAGGAUGUCGAGACUAGCAAGGCUACUGUCAGCAUGAAUGACUGGGUUGGGAGCUGGUCUGCUUCUCCAAAAAUCAGCCUUACUGCGGCGUAA